CGCAGGUUGCUGUGGGGAUUGUAGUUCGUCCCGUUUGGGCCUGCUGUGGGACUUUUCCCGUCAGCUCCCUGAUCCACCCCAGUGGGGACACGCUCAGGCGACACUCCUGUCCCGUGCUCCCGCCCUCUUGCCUUUCAUUCCAGCCGACAAGACCUUGGAAGCUUUGAAGCCCAGCAAAGAAGGGAAAUCCACUGAGAAGAGUCUGGAAAGGUGUCCUAGGACAACCUGCUUGGUCACUUGCUCUGCAAAAACUCUCCAUCUUGCACUGAGGAUCUGAAGGAGGUAUACUCAUCUACACGCUACAGAUCAAACUCAAGCUUCUCAGCGGGUUCUUUACUCAUUGAGUCAUCUCAGCUGUCCAUAAAAUUGUCGUUUUAAAACAUUCCAUGAAUAUUUGAAUAAAGGAUAAGAGACGCCACUCAUGUCUCAGAAGUUCCAGGAAGUAAACCAGGAAGGUUGCAGGGCUGCUACACUUCGGUAAGUGUGAGACCAUGUCAUUUAGAUUCGGCCAACAUCUCAUCAAGCCCUCUGUGGUUUUCCUCAAAACCGAACUGUCCUUUGCCCUGGUGAAUAGGAAACCCGUUGUACCUGGCCAUGUCCUCGUGUGUCCACUGAGGCCAGUGGAGCGCUUCCGUGACUUACGUCCUGAUGAAGUGGCCGAUUUGUUUCAAGUGACACAGAGAGUUGGGACAGUGGUGGAGAAGCAUUUCCAGGGGACCUCCAUCACCUUCUCCAUGCAAGAUGGUCCUGAAGCUGGACAGACUGUGAAGCAUGUACAUGUCCACAUUCUUCCCAGGAAGUCAGGAGACUUCCGCAGGAAUGACAACAUCUAUGAUGAGCUUCAAAAACAUGACAGAGAAGAAGAGGACUCACCAGCCUUUUGGAGAUCUGAGGAGGAGAUGGCUGCAGAGGCGGAAGUUCUGAGGGCCUACUUUCAGGCAUGAGAGAAAUGCAAACAAAUCCCAAGGCAUAAGAAAAUGGGCCUCAUUCUUCUGGACUCUGCAACAUUGGAAAUGAAGCUAACCACCUUAUAUUGUGCCCAUGAUCCUGCAACUCUGUGCAAAGCGUUUUAUUGCAUGUGUGGAAGCCACUGACAAUAUGCUUCAAUCAUGAUGACAGACAGCUAGCUUCCCAGACAGUAGCAUUGACAACCUGCCAUAGUUUCCUAGUUAUGUACUUAGAAUGGUACCAUUUCCAAACUGUCCCUUAUCCUGAAUGGAAAUAAAGUGGUUGCUAAAAUAUUUA